UGAGCAAAGCUAAAAAUUUUUCCACCGGUUGAUCUUUCUCGGUUGUUAAAUUUAAUGAUCACAGUACAUCUUCGGUCAAUAGUUAGACGGUUAUACUGGUAAUUGUCUUCGUUUGUCUUUUUACCACCCCAAAAUCCAGGAUGAUGCAAUCAAACAUUUUGUAAUUGUUUAACUCUUUUUGCUUCGCGACAGCAACACAUUUUGACAAAGAGACAUUGUACUUUUAUUGUAAUGGCGCCCAUACCUUCCAAAGACGAUUUAUGUUGUCACGAAUACUAGUAACACAGCAUGAGGAGAACAGACGUUUUGAAACAAACUUUGGGACGUUUCGUUCAUUCUGCGGUUAAAACGAUCAAAGAGUGCGAACAUUUUAAACAUGGAGGUCAUUUGAGUACAAAACUUCCCCAAAGAUGUAUGUUUACGUCGAGCCGAAAGCUGUUUCCUGAUUCAGGCAAGCAACAAGAUUUAAAGCGGUUUUUAGAGGAGAUUGGUACCGAUCCAAAGGAAGCUCGAUAUUGGCUGCGUCAGUUUCAGCAGCAUGAAUCUGCACCUGACCAACCUUUUGCUGUGGUACAGGUGGACUCAAGAAUAUUGGAAGACAAACUUAUGUUAGAAAAGCUUGCCUCAUGUCUGGCAUUCCUUCAUCGCAACGGUAUGCCUGUGAUCAUAGUACAUGGUUUUGACAAUGAUUGUGAUCAUGAAAUCAGAGAUCCCAGGCAGAGAAGGGCCAAACUGAUUGAAGAUAACAUAGAAAUUGUCGAUCUGUUGGAGAAACAUGGUGGCAUGGCGAGACCGUUUAUGAGUUCUGGUCAUGUCAUAUCAGCCCUGGAACAGGACAACCUGAGAUCACAAGUGAUAGGCAAUGUGAAUGUUGCUGAUGAUCUGGAAUGUUUACUGCAACAGCCGUGGCACACUGAUACCGCAAGGAAACAGGUGAUAGGCAAUGUGAAUGUUGCUGAUGAUCUGGAAUGUUUACUGCAACAGCCUUGGCACACUGAUACCGCAAGGAAACAGGCAAUUUCAAUUGCAAAGUUGCUCAAUACUUUACCUGAGUACUCAUCUGCUGUUAUCACAAGUGCAGACUCCUUGAUACCUGAAUUGUUCACACAUAAUGGUUCUGGAACAAUGUUUCUCAGACCAGAAGCAAUUCAUAGACAUCAUUCAUUGGACACUGUUGAUAUUGACAGACUGCAAGACCUUCUAAUUAAGUCAUUUGAUAAGCCUCUAAAUGCUGAGUACUUUUCCACACUGAAGGGUCGUCUUCACACUUUGUAUGUCACUGAAAGUUACAGUGCGGCUGCUGUGAUUACCAAUGAAGGUGGUGUGGACGAUGUCCCAUAUCUGGAUAAAUUUACAGUUGGAAGAAAAAGUCAGGGUCUUGGCACAAGUGAUAAUUUGUGGAAGAAAAUUAAACAGGAUUUUAAUAGUCUAUUUUGGAGAUCCAGAGGAACAAAUCGUAUUAACCCCUGGUAUUUCAUUAGAUGUGACGGUAGCUGCACAAAUGGAAACUGGACUGUUUUUUGGUAUGGAGUAAGUGAUCAUGUUUUGACGCACAAACUUGUGCAGUAUGCCUCUCAGAUACCGCCAUCCUUUGAUCCUAUUGCUCCUCAUGAUGAAUCCAAGAGUAAGCGAGUCCUUUCCACAAAUGCGUAUCACAAGUUUUUGUGAUACAAGUUGGCAAUAAAGUUAUAAAAUUAUUAUGAAUUACAUAUAAGAAGCGAUUUCUCUAAACAUUUAACUAUAAAAAAUUGCGAUAAAAUAAUUUGAUUGCCUCGUCUAUGAGAUGCUUUGCAUAAAGGAACAGAAUCCAAGCUUGAACACGCAAACUGACUCCAUCCGUGGGAAACUCUUUGUUUAACUUUAAACAUUUUAACACAUCCAUAGAACUAUUGUUUUACUGACUAUUUAUACAUUUUUUAUCAACUAUCAUUUUGACUUAAUAAUGAUGUUAGCUCAACAUCGAAACGUUGUCGUUUUUUAACAAAAUUUUCAACUUUCUCAAUAUGCUUAGAAAUAUUUUAUCGCAAUUUUUUAUAGUUAAAUGAAUUACAUACAAAGACCAACUUGUUCUUGCCAUUUAAUUCUGAGUAAUAAAUUAGCAAUAAUAUGAAACCCCAGUUCAAUGAACUUCGAAAGCCUUGUGGUGCUGGCUAUUUCUAAACAUGUUGACCGCACUAAAGGUUUAAUGUUAUAAGUGACAAGCAUAUGAAGAUUUCUGUUUAUAAAAAAAGACUCCAAGCCUUAGCAGGGUCAAGUAUCAUAUGUUCUAUCAUAACAGCGAUAACUUAUUACUCAAUUGGGUGCACCAGUAAUUUUUUUGUAUGGGUAACAACUGCAUUUUUGUACUAACUUAUUUUUCCACAACUUCAGUUAUUUAUAAGGCAAGUAGUUCCUAUGUUUUUACUUUGGAGGAUACAGGUUAAAAAAUGUUUCAGUAGGAAAAAUUUAUUUAGAUCACAAGAGAAUCUAGGCCUUGGUUACUUCGACUUUUGUUUCUUAAAUAGCAAAUGUUUUAGCUUUCAAUUUCAACCCCCUGUUCAUGUAGUCUUGAUGCAUGGAAAUUGGCAAAUCCUUUCAUAGAAUCUUUUAAGUCCAGAACAAAUAUCCAUUGAGUGUGAACUUAAACAGUACUUGUAAAUAGUGCUUCAU